CACACGCAUGAUACUUCUUUAUAUUUUUACCAGGUUGUAGAAGUUUCCACCUCUAAGACUGGCAAGCACGGUCAUGCCAAGUGUCACUUUGUCGCAAUCGACAUCUUCAAUGGAAAAAAGCUUGAAGAUAUCGUCCCAUCUUCCCAUAACUGUGAUGUCCCUCAUGUUAGCCGCACUGACUACCAGCUCAUUGAUAUUUCCGAAGAUGGAUUUGUGAGUUUGCUGACCGAAAACGGUAACACCAAGGAUGACCUGAAACUGCCGACCGAUGAUACUCUCCUCACACAGAUAAAAGAUGGAUUUGCAGAGGGGAAAGAUUUGGUUGUGAGUGUGAUGUCAGCCAUGGGAGAGGAGCAGAUCUGUGCUCUCAAGGACAUUGGCCCUAAAUAAUUCUCUGUUAUAAUUUAUUUGAAAGAAAACUGUUGUGAUAUAAGCAGAUACUUUUUUUCUGUUGUAAUACUAUCAUUUUUUUCUGCACUGUUAUGACUUGUCCAUUUGGGCUCUGAACAGGUGCAUUUUACUGGUUUCCUGUACUUUGAAUUCCUCUAGCUUGUAUGCUGAGAAUGUGACGUUUACGAGACGUUGAAAGAUUGUUGAUUCAAAACUAAAUAAGCUUAUUU